GAGAUUGAUGCAUUGACGCAGGCACUAGCAGAGGUAAAUACUCACACAGAUACAGAGACAUCUAUAGAAGAGCAGAGUCAGGAGUCAUCAGUGCAGGUACAGUCGCAGACGCCGCCACACAUGGGUGUCCAGGAUAAGCCUCUAGAGGCACAAAACAUCCCAGAGAGCUCCGUCCUCUGUGGACAAAGCUGUCUCUCUCUCCGCCUUGACACUGCAGGACCGGAGCUCAAAGACAGAGGGAAUUCCCACAGUGUUGAAUCCUUGUGUGAUUCAACAGCUUCCAUACAAGAAAAAAAGGAGCCAGGGGAAAUCGACAGCAGCCAGGCUAAGAUCUCUCCAUACCAUGGACUUAAACACUCAUCAGCUGCAACGGUGGCCUCACCUGGAGGAUACAGUGUAGAUGUGUCUACAGUUGCACUCAUCCCUCAAUCUACUUCCUCUUCUGACUUGGAUCUCUCUCACUUUGGUGGAUAUGCCAAGUCUUUCGAGACAGACAUUUUCAUCAGCAAUGAAGAAGUUCCAAUCAUACUGAAUAUAACAGAGGAUUCAGAUUUGGAGAGACAAAAUGCACCCGCAGAGCUAACGACUGAACAGCCCUUUAGAGAUGGAGUGUGUGAAGUGAAAGAGGAACACCGUAUCUCCCAGCCAGGCUUGGUGGCUGAGAAGGAAGCUAGAAGGAGCUGUGGGCCAGCCAAGGUUGAUGGGGAAGGAGCCAAAGAUUCGAAAGAUCCUCAUUUCCUCGACACACACGCUUGGACAAAUUCAAACGUGCCAGGUGUGGACACACAACCUGGCCUGCAUAUUAAUGUUCGCACACACGUGUCGUCUGACACUUUAGCAGACCUUGACGGAGCACGUCAGGUGGAGCCACCGUGGGGGAGCCCUGAGUUUAUUAUGCCCUUAGCUCCUCUCGGUAUCAGUCCCCCCCUCGUCUGUCAGGCAAGUCUGGAAAGAGAUCAAACUUGUGUCAAAAGGUCUCUCAAUGACAACAGUGGCUUCAGUUGUGAUCGCGUACAACCCCAUAGUCUCUGGCCAACCUCUGAUGGAAUUACUGACACGCCAUCUCUGGAAGACAACGAGGAAUUAAUUCAUAAAAAGGAUAAUACAACAGACUCUGUGGAGAAAUCUUCACCACAGGGACAACUGGACUUGUACAGUGGUGACACUGCAGAGUGUUUCCUCAUUGAGAGAAAAACUAUUAUUGAGGAGAUUAAUGACCUCAGGAAAGAACUAUCAAACUUGGCUGUUGUCCCUACAAAUCGUUUUAUGAUCUCAGAGCAGAACCGUGUUGCAUUCAUCACUUUAGACUUAAAUGACCCAUUUGUCUCCAGUGCUGCAGAACCCAUCUCCACAGCCGUACAAUCUCAGAGGGCUGAGCUGAAUCACAAACCAGCUGAAAAGAUGCCUCACAAAACUCACAAGAUCACCUCAGAGGGCAAAACGCGCUCCAAAAAGGAUAAGUCAGCUGGUCAUUAUCAUGGUGCUCAGGCUUCCAUGAAGCAGGAGAAUUUACUCCACCAUGUCCCAGCCCAGCAGACCUGCAAACAGAAAGAAACUCCUCCUCUUCCUGGAGAAAAUCAUACCAGUCAGGAUAGCGCAGCCAGGCCUAAAGACAAGGAGGAUAAAUUGGUGAUUGAGACUAGUGUGGCAGCUGAGAAGGCUACAAACAAGCCACAUGGCAAAAAGAAAAAGAAACACGGUCAGAGCGCAACAGGAGUAAAGAGUGUAGGGGAGCCGCUGGUUGAAGUAGAGAAUGGAACAAAACCAAAGACUGCAAAAGGAAGGACUGAUAUGUUCGUGGCCAAGCUGGGUGCUAAAGCUGGGAAACCUCAAAAGGAUAGUGAUCACUCAGACAGUGCUGAGAAAAAGCAGCCACAGCUUAAACCUUCACAGGCAGAACAACCACCUCAUCAUACAGAACAUAAGGACCACCAACCCAAAAACUUCACCAGUCCUCCAAACGAUGAUAUCAUUAAAAGGCGACGCCUGUCAGAGAAAAAGUUUGGGAAGAUUGUCAGUAAUUUUGAGUCUAAACUACCAAAGCCAGAUUUUUCUAACCAGAUGAAAGGAGAAGUGCCCAAGGUAGAUGUCGGAGCAACUCGAAGAAAGGCGUACAGUGAAGUGGUCAAACAGACAACAAUCACACCUAAACUAGACCCCAAGGUGGUGCAGCCUAUACAGGCAGCAUCAGUGAGCGGAGAACCCCAAAGCCUGUGUCUGUGGUGUCAGUUUGCAGCUGUCUUCACCAACUACACAGUCACCUGGAGCAGAGACGGCACGGUCCUGUCUGAGAUCAAGAGAAGUGCAGGGGACGAGAGCAGAGUGUCACUGACCAUUUCCAACGCUUCUCAUAAAGACCUGGGCAAGUACCAGUGUCGGCUCAGCAGCUUACAUGGAUCAGUCACCCUGGACUAUCUGCUCACAUAUGAAGUGCUCAGUGAGAUUGUCAUCCCUCCAUCUCCAAAGUCCAUCUCAUCUGCACCUUUAGAGGUGGAGAAUGAAGAAGAGGAUAUCCAUUUUUCCAAGCUGAUGUUCAGAGAUGAUUUCCUAUCUGACCAAUACUUUGGAGAGAACCAUCCUGUCAGCAUCAUCACUGAAAAGGCCCACUUUGGGGAGGGGAUGCAUCGGCGGGCCUUCCGGACCAAGCUGCAGACAGGCCAGGUGCCAGUCUUACUACCAGGACACUCCUGUGUGCUCAAAGUACACAACGCUAUCAGCUACGGGACCAAGAGCAGCGAUGAGCUCAUUCAGAAGAACUUUAACUUGGCUGUAGAGGAGUGUCAAGUGCAGAACACAGCAAGAGAGUACAUUAAGGCGUACACCGAGGCGGCCCAGUCUUUUGAAGCUUUCGGAGAGGUCCCAGAGAUCAUUCCCAUCUACCUGGUUCACCGUCCAUCCAAUGACAUCCCGUACGCCACACUGGAGGAGGAGCUGAUCGGUGACUUUGUCAAGUAUUCGGUCAAGGACGGCAAAGAGAUCAAUCUGAUGAGACGUGACUCGGAGGCAGGGCGGAAAUGUUGUGCUUUCCAGCACUGGGUCUACCACAAGACUGAGGGUAACCUCCUGGUCACUGACAUGCAAGGAGUGGGCAUGAGGCUCACUGAUGUGGGAAUAGCCACCUGCAAGAAAGGAUAUAAGGGCUUCAAAGGAAACUGUGCCACCUCCUUCAUUGACCAGUUCAAAGCCUUACACCAGUGCAACACAUACUGUGAGAUUCUGGGCCUCAAAUCUCUGCAGCCCAAAACCAAAAAACCUGGAUCUGUUCCUAAACCCAAACCACAACCUUCUGCUGCACCCAAAAAGAAAACAUUUGGGCCAUCAGUGAAGGGAAAGUCAUAAUAGGAGGAGAAUCUUGGACUAAGGGUGUCGUAAUAAUUGAAAUGGUGAGAUUAAGCUGGUUCGAUGAUGUGCUUCACUCACAUUUGGACCUCGAUUUGCAGAAUCAAAAAGGCGUCCACAGUAUUGGACACAUUGAAGCCAGAUGCAGGAGACACACUGACUCUGAGGGAAGCGAACGUUACACAACCAGCAGCUGUUGUUUCAUAAGAGAGUGUGUUUCAUCUCAUGUUGAGAAACAAUUGAGAGAUACUUUUUAUUUAAUGAAGAUUUCACCAUAGAUGGUUUUCUGUAAGAGAUUUUAUGUGCUGUAUUUAUAAACUAGGAACUUUUCUUUCGCAAGUUUUGGAAUAACUGUGACAAUUUUAACGAACACUUGAAAAUGAUGUAUGAUGUAGUUUGUCUACAGUGUUGAACUGUGAUGUCUUAGAUUGCUUUGUUGAUGAACGAGGUGCAAUGAAUUUUCUCUACGGUGUUUUCCUUGUUUUUUCUACUUCAGUGAUGUUUUCAAGCUAUUAAGUUCAUUAAAUUAAUGACCUUGUUAAUUAAUUGAUUAGAGGAAAUGUCUAUGAGGUAGGUUGAGUGACAAAAUACACAUAGUAGAGGACACAUUGUUUUGAGUUCAGUUGAAUGAAUGGUUACAUUUUUAUGUGUUUGGUUACAAGGCUGCAAACAUAUUUGAUGAACGUAUAUUCUGUUAAAUAAUACGAAUUUGUUAAUUUACUGUUCAGGAUGAGCUCAUGUUUAUAUACUGGAAACAACACAAAGACAUUUUGUACACAUUCAGCUCAUGUGACGUGUGACAUAAGAGUUAUUGAUUUGUCAUUUUAUUCAUUUCUGCUCGUCGAAUUGAGUUCAAAUGUCUGGCAGCAUUUUAAGCAUCCACACUACACUGGUACAAUAUAGCUCCAAACUGCAGUCGAUAAUCAGUGUAUAGAAGUGCAGGACAUGUAAAACUAAACCCAAUAAUCACACCCUGCUACCCUGACAUCUAGAGCCACAUCUACAUACAGUCUAUAUGAUCUCAAUAGUAUGCCAGUUAUUCCACUGCGCACUCAAACUGUCUCUAUAUGAUACAGUAUGUCCUACUCUCAGUGACCCAAAUUGCUGACAUGGCUCUCGGGUUGAGGCCAGUGUGUGAGCUAACAGUAGAUCUUUGUUAUUAAAGAGAUGUUGCUGCUUAAUGAUGCUUUCUCUGUUAUGGAAUUAAAUCAACAUUUCCUGUAA